AUGCUUAGCUUGAUCCCAACAUCCCUGGGACAGCAGCCCCAGCGAACUCGCAGUUCCAGUGCACGAGAGCAGGGGACGAACCCGGAGUUCCGUGCACGGUUCCUGGCAGAGGUCCGGAAUCGAGAACAGACUCACAUCCAUUUCCGCCUGCUCGAUCAGGACAGCAUUUCCCAUGCAGACCGGGAGAUUGGCCAGGCCGUGCUUCCCUUGGUCGACGUGCUGGGUGAGUCCUGGGCAGCCGUCCGUGCCAUUGCCCUGAGGCCAAUGGACCGCACAAAUGCACAAGCCUGGGCGGCCAUUUCAAAGACUCGGCUUCAUGUUGCUGUGAUUUCAGAGGGAAUCCUUGGAAGAGUGAAGAACGAGGAGCAGAUUCAGCGUGCCUGGGAUGCGCCGCUGCCAAGUGGCAAGUCCAAGCGCAUGGCAGGAGGGCGGCACGACCACGCGCGGACCAGGAGACAGGUCAUUCUACAAGGGCCAGAGAAGGUGGACAUGGAGAUUGGGAAAGUCAUGAAAGCGGAGUUGUAUCAUAGGAGGACGCUGGUGCACGGAAGACGUGGCGACGGUUUGAACUGCAAGGCCGACUUCAAAGGAGCUGACAAGGCAGUAGUGAUGCUGGCUGUCAGCAAAAGCGGGGAAGCACUGCAAUAUGCAGCGAAGAAGCUGACAGGUGACAAGGAUGUCGUGUUGGCAGCCGUGCGUCAACGGGGUACAGCCCUUCAAUUCGCAGCAAAGAAGCUGCGAGCUGAUAGGGAAGUGGCUGAUAGAGACGUGGUUGAAGCAGCUGUGGCGAAGAGUGGCUGUGCGCUGAGGCACGCAUCCUUUUGCAUGAAGGCGGAUAAGGAGGUGGUCAUGACUGCUGUGGCAAACUAUGGCGGUGCCAUUGAUUAUGCCUCAGCCGCAUUGCAGCGCGACAAAGACGUGAUCCUGGCAGCUGUAAAGCAAUCAAGUCUCGCCCUUUGCAAGGAGUCUAUAGCCCAAAGCGCGGACAAGGAGGUCAUCUUGGCAUGCAUCAACUUUCAUGGCGAAGGGCUCCACUAUGCUUCUCAGGAAUUGCAAGCGGAUAAGGAGGUGGUUCUUGCUGCUGUGAAGAAAGAUGGCUGGGAGCUCCGGUUCGCAGCGCCAGAGCUGAGAGCUGACAAGGAAGUAGUGCUGGCUGCUGUGAGACAAAGGGGCUUGGCGCUUGCUCAUUGUGCCAAGGAACUGCAGCAUGACAAAGAGGUGGUGCUAGCGGCCAUGUCGCAGAACGGCUGGGAGUUGCGCUAUGUGCCUGCGGCCAUGAAGGACAAGGAGGUCGUGCUGACUGCAAUGGCACCGAAUGGUGACGCCCUUCACAUGGCGCCUGAAGAGCUGAGGAAGAACCGCGACGUGGUGUUGACAGCUGUCAGGCAGCAUGGCCACGCGCUGGGCAAAGCCUCAGUGGAACUACGGUCUGAUCGUGAUUUGGUACUUGCAGCAGUCAUGCAGGAUGGCAGAGCUUUGGAAUAUGCAGCUGCUGAGCUGCAAGAAGACGAGGCAAUAGUGUUUGCAGCUGGGAGGCAGAAUGGCCUCGCCUUCAAUCAUGCCGCCACUAAGUUCUUUGGUGCACCUUUGUGGCAAGAAGCCCAGCCGUUUUUGCAAAACCUGUGGGUCUUCAGGGUGUCAAGACUGAGCGGAGCAUUUUGCUAUGUGGUGGCCAAAAGCGACUACACGUCGGAAAGGAUCCUUCGUGAUGUGGCCCGGAAGUUGGGGAUCGUCUGGUGGACGGGUUGUCACGAUUCCGACGAUAAAUUCGAGCUCUUGAGGGACUCGACACGGCUCAGGCUGUACAAAGCUCACGUGAGUUGGUGGAAUCUACCAGAAAGUGAGAAGGGUACCAUAAUCGACCUCAAACUUCUUGUGAAAGUUUGA